GAGGUCCGCGGCGGAACGGGGAGACUCCGGAACUGGAAGUGGAAGGACCUUCUGCCGGGAGCUCUCCGGACUCAAUUAGGUGCUACCCAGUCUGGUUACCCUGGUAACAGGAGUCGCGGUUUGUCAAGAAACGGAGAGACUUAAGAGGCCUAUUCACCUCAAUCAUGGAGUCAUCCUCAAACGGUCUGCUUACCCAAAUUACUCAAUUCUGGAACCUACUAGAUGAUCUGGCUGAAAGUAACCCUGAGAGCUACAAGAACUUCAUUCAACAGCAGCUGAAAGAGGGCAAACAGCUUUGUGCUGCCCCAGAACCACAGCUCUGUCUACAAACAAGAAUCCUGAAACCUAAAGAAAAAACACUUUUUAUCAACCUAUGUCAAUGGAAAAGGAUUCCAGCUCCCCAAUCAGUCACUCAUCCAGUACCUCUGAGUGUUGGCAGACCAGAAGAUAUGUCUGAAACAUCAGAUGUUUACACGGUCAUCGAUGUUGCCUACAAUCCUGAUGUUCUCCAGGCAGCAGAAAAGGACCAAGUGAAAAAAGAUCAGUUAAUACAGAUGGCCAUGAAAUGCAUUGAGGAACAACUCCAGGUCACUCUCUCACACGUUUACCAUAUUACCAAAUUUAAAAUAAAAGGAAGCAUUCAAAGGAUGAAACAAAACCUGAUGGGAAUCCAAACUGGCCCCACAGAUUUAAAAGAGAAAAUGAGAAAAGAACCAACCCUUGAGCAGAUAAGAAGCAGUACUCUGAGCGAUUCAGAUCACUUCCCUCAACUUUUACUACCAAAAGACCAAGUUUCAAGCAAAAAGGGGUGCCUGAUAGAAGAGAUUUCCAGUACAGAGAUCCAGGUGGAGAUGAAGAGACCAGCCUAUGAAUUAAAAAUUGUGGCAGAUCAGAAUGAGAAACCACUGAAAAUUGAAUUAAAAGUUGAAUUACCUGGUAUUAAUUCAGUAUCUCUCUGUGACCUUAGUGUUUCUGAGAAUGAUUUAUUGAUUGAGGUCUCUGAGAAGUACAGAUUGCAUCUGAAUCUUCCAGAAUCUGUGGAUACUGAAAUGACUACAGCAAAAUUUAUCAAAGAGAAAGCUACAUUGAUCAUCACAAUGCCAUUGGUGUAAGUCAAGAGCAUUAUUUGUUUUGGGUUUUCAUUGCUGAAGUGAUGUGAAUUAUAGGACCUUCAUUAUGGGUGAAUCUUAAACACUAGUUUCCCGUUUUCUAAGAGUUCCUUUUAAUGGAAUGAGGUUUUCUCAACUGUUCUUUAAAAAAAAACAAAACACCUCAGUUUCUCCUUCUCAAAAAAACUUGGCAUCAAGCAACAAUUACUAAAAAUAGUAUUGCCAUGAUAUACUUUUUUUGAAGAUAUCUUAAUACCAUUUGGGAAAAUUUUGUUUCCAAGUAACAUGUGAGAAUUCUGUUUACUGGUUGAAAAAAAAAUUGUCUCUAGUAAAUUUUUGCAUCAGAAACAAAACCCAGACUGUGCAUGUUUUUUAUUAUCAAGAGGGAUAUAGUAGUAAAGUUUCCUCCAGCAAUAACGAUACAAGGCCAAUUUAAGAAUAUGCAAACCUAUGGUUCUGUGAACCUCUGUACUUCCAUAAAACAGCUCUAGCAGGAAUCCAAGCUACCCAGGCAGGACUUUUAAUAGCACAUACGGACUUUCCUUUGGAUUAGUAAUUGGACGUUAUUGCACAUAAGAUGCAAAAUACAUCCAACUCUAUUUUAAGAAAAAG